GAAAACAAGCAGCAGAAAAGCCUGUUUGUUUUCAGAUGCACCAGUUCCCUGACCUGGUUCACUGAAUGACCAGGAAGGUGGGUUUGGAGCAUUUCAGAGAUGCAACACUAAAUUCUACCUCGGUGUACAUGAGUGGGGCGGGUGAGAGAAAGUCACAUCUGGGCUGGGUAGUAAAAUAGUCACACGUCUGUGUGAUGGUGGGUUAUUGUCCUGUUGGGGGAGGGGGAAAUGCCCAACCAAGUCACUUACUUGAAACCAGCUCAGUAAUUCUUCUGGUUUGUGUUUCAGCAAGCUUCAGAAAGGACAAAUUUUUAAAUUACAUGAAUGCAUUUUCUUCAAGUUCUGGUGCAAGUUACACAUUACUGAUCAUAGCAUAUAAAAUAAAAAGAGGACACACAGCAUUCAUAAGGUGACUGUGGAUCACAAUGGCCACCUCAACCCUGGAGAACCAGCUGCAGAGUGCCCAGAAGAACCUGCUGUUCCUGCAGCGAGAACAUUCCAACACCCUGAAGGGGCUGCACGCGGAGCUGCGCCGGCUGCAGCAGCACUGCACAGAUCUAACCUAUGAGCUGACCGUAAAGAGUUCGGACUGGUCAGAAAGUGGUAGUUCACGAAGUGAUGAACUCAAAAGUAAGUGCAAAAAUCUUGAAGCUCAGCUGAAAAUCAAAGAGGCUGAAAAUAGUGAAUUAUUGAAAGAACUUGAACAAAAGAACGCGAUGAUAAUGGUGCUGGAAAACACUAUUAAAGAAAGAGAAAAGAAGUAUUUGGAAGAGUUAAAAAUGAAAAGCCAUAAGCUCAACAUGUUGUCCAGUGAACUGGAGCAGAGAGCGAGCACGAUCGCUUUCCUGACCUCUCAGCUGCACGCGACCAAGAAGAAGCUGAUGAGCGCCAGCGGGACUUCAGAGGGGACCCCGUCUGGCAGCCCCGUGUUGUCCAGCUAUAAACCAUCCCCUCCCAAAGACAAACUGCCCGACACUCCGCGGCGCAGGAUGAAGAAGAGCCUGUCGACCCCGCUGAACCCCGAGUUCGAAGAGGCCUACAGAAUAGGGUCGGAGAGCAGGAAGCUGGUGCUGCGGGAGCCUGUGGAUGCCAUGCCCGAUCCCACGCCGUUCCUGUUGGCCAGGGAGACAGCAGAGGUGCAUCUGAUCAAGGAGAGGCCGCUGGUUAUUCCACCGAUCGCUUCGGAUCGUGCGCCCGGGGAGUCGCACAGCCCGGCCCGGGAGAAGCCGCACAAGGCGCACAUCGGGGUGGCCCAUCGCAUCCACCACGUCGCGCCCUCCCAGGCCCAGCCCGAGGUGGAAACGCUGGCAGUGGAUCAGGUCCAUGGAAGCAAAGUGGUCAGAAAGCACUCGGGGACAGACAGAACUGUCUGAGUACACCAUGGAAACGCUGUUCUGUGCUGGUUGUGCACUGUGAUCCUGUAGGGUGAAUAGCACCUGCGGUGAAGUUUCUUUUGAUGCCCCAUGCAUGCCAAACUCCUUCCAGGUACAUCAUUAAUACAUUUUGCUCCUCUAACGAAACCUCCUAGGACUGUGUUCAUAUGGCAAGGUAUAUAACCACUCCAUGCUGUGGCCAAAUCGGGGGGACCUGACCGCUUGCUUCCGAGCGCUGCUCCCUUUAGUGUAACUGCACAUGUGGACAGAGGCACGGGCUGCGUUAGUGAGCGAUGGCAGAGAACAACCUGCACUCAGACCUCAGCCCCACGUGUGGCUGUGAACAUGUGACCUGUCAGAGGUUCUGUUGUCGUCACCGUGUACGUGAGCACGACAUACCCACCACUGAGCUCCGUGGCAGCCGCUCUCGCAGCAGCACUGAAAGCUGUGCACAUGUACGUUCACUUUAAUGACCUAAGGACAUCCCCAGAGUCCCAGCAAGCACUACUUGAUUAAUCCUAAAUACUUUGGUUUGUGGCUUUAAGUAAAAUAUGGGUGGGGGAAGCACCAUUUAAAGGGUUAACGACCCUCAUAGAAAGAGUAUGAACACUGGGUUGUUUGGGGGGGUUAGUUUGGUUUUGGGGUUGGUUUUUUUUAAUCAAAUGGCUUCAUGACACAUUUUAUGCUAGUCAGUACACUGCACUUGUAGCACCUUCCGUAUGGCUCAGAGCUCCUUUUCCAGGGAGGAAAUGUAACUGGCUAUCCAAUAUGGAAAUGGUUCUUUAUGCUCUAACCUGCACUUUUUUGUAAAGGGAUUAUUUUUGUUUCCUAAAGACCUUAGUCUUGUUCUGGGCAUCAUCAGACAGUGCUGGCUGCUGCCAGCUUAGAAACCUGAGCUGCCCCUCUAAAAUGUGAGUAUUUACUUGUAAGCGAUGUAACCAAUUCAUACAGGAGAACCUGGCAUCCUUGACUUCUGUCCUUGUGGAUUGGGAUGGACUUGCCUUGCACUUGCCCAGAUUCCCCUACUCCUUUCUAGUAAGCAGCAGGUAAACCCAACAGCUGUUAGACUACUUGAUUCUUUUUUAUUAUUUUUUUUCCUAGGAAAGAAAGGCAUACUGGGAGCUGGGAGGAUAUGUAAUUUGGGGAAAGGAGCACAAGUUUGACCAUUUUUCUUACAUUCUGAUCAGCACCUCCAGCUCACCUCUGCUUCACUCUUGUCUGCAGCCUCUGAGUAGGACCAGCAAGAAACAUUGGCUCCCAAAUGCUGCUAAGCUUAUGAUGUGCCUUUAAAAAUUUGGAACGCGUAUUCUCUGUGACAGCUGACGAAGGCUCCCUGCCUGCCCUGUCCCCACCCCUUGCCAGCUGUAGUCUGCCCCUCCUAAGCUUUUUCUGCAGCUGUGUUGGUGUGUGUCUCCCUCCGGAGCCUUGGGCCCCUGUCGGUGUCCCUGGAGAGGCACUGGCAGGAUGGCCAAGCUGUUCCCCCAGUGUGGUACCGCUGGAAUCCUUCGCAGCAUGACCCUCCCAGCAGGGCUGAUCCCAGUCGGAGGGUGUGGCCUCCCCACCCCUCUGUGCCCUCCGUCACUCGCUGUCCCAAAGCCCCAGACCCGCCUCAGCAUUGCGCCUUGCUGGCUCGGUGGUAGGAAUUUGUUUCACAAGUGGUGGGGAGGGAUAGGGGAAAGCUGUGUCCUUGGAAAAGGGUGGGCUAAACCAAGUUUGUUCCUCUGAGGUUUACUGUUUUUACGUGUAUUGCAUUAACCAGCAGCGGGUUUGGUUACUUUCGUUGUUGUCACCAUAUUUUUAUGGUGAUCUGUUGUAUGAGUGACCUGCUUGUUGGAGGCUGGUGGGAGGCACCGCUUCCAGGCGCCACAGAAGUGAUGCUUUGGGCAAUUAAAGACAUUUCUUACAACCA